GCCGCCACCUGCGACAGGUGGAGCGCGCGGCGCCGGGCGCUCGGCCAUGUCAGUGGAGAGUGCGGGGCAGGGGCCGUGGCCCGGGCCGGAGCAGGGGCCGGGGCCGGGGUCCGAGCCGGGGUCCGAGCCGGAGUCGCUCUGCCCCGAACACGGCCAGGCUCUGAGGUGGUUCUGCUGCUCUGAACGACGGCCCGUGUGCGCCGCCUGCGCGGGACUGGGCGGCCGCUGCCGGGGGCACCGCAUCCGCCGGGCCGAGGAGCGCGCGGAAGAGCUGCGGAACAAGAUUGUGGACCAGUGUGAGAGGCUGCAGUUACAGAGUGCUACCAUCACCAAGUAUGUGGCUGACAUCCUGCCAGGGAAGAACCAGAGAGCAGUGAGCACAGCCAGUGCAGCACGGGAACUGGUCAUCCAGCGGCUGGGUCUGGUGAGGAGUCUGUGUGAGAGCGAGGAGCAGAGGCUGCUGGAACAGGUGCACGGUGAAGAGGAGCGGGCCCAUCAGAGUAUACUGACACAGCGAGUACACUGGGCCGAGGCACUGCAGAAGCUCGACACCAUCCGCACCAGCCUGGUGGACAUGCUCACCCAUCUGGAUGACCUCCAGUUGAUUCAGAAGGAGCAGGAGAUUUUUGAAAGGACGGAGGAAGCAGAGGGCAUUUUGGAUCCCAAGGAGUCGGAAAAGUUAAACUUUAACGAGAAGUGCACUCGCAGCCCACUACUGACCCAGCUCUGGGCGACAGCUGUUCUCGGGUCCCUCUCAGGCACGGAGGACGUGCGUAUCAACGAGAGGACUGUCAGCCCCUUCCUGCAAUUGUCAGAUGAUCAAAGGACCCUGACCUUCAACGCCAAGAAGUCCAAGACCUGUGCAGAUGGCCCGGAGCGCUUUGACCACUGGCCCAAUGCCCUGGCCACCACUUCCUUCCAGGCUGGGCUCCAUGCCUGGACGGUGAACGUCGAGAACAGUUGUGCCUAUAAGGUGGGUGUGGCCUUAGGCCAGCUGCCCCGCAAGGGUUCUGGCAGUGACUCUCGUCUGGGCUACAAUGCCUUCUCCUGGGUCUUCUCCCGCUACGACCAGGAGUUCCGUUUCUCACACGAUGGGCAGCAUGAGCCCCUGGCACUGCUGCGCUGCCCAGCUCAGCUGGGAGUGCUGCUGGACUUGCAGGCACAGGAGCUGCUAUUCUACGAGGCAGGCUCGGGCACGGUGCUCCACACCCACCACGCGUCCUUCCCUGGGCCCCUCUUCCCAGUCUUUGCUGUGGCUGACCAGACCAUUUCCAUCGUCCGCUGACCUUUAGCCAUGGGGAGACCAGGUCUACCUCCCCACCACUCUUUCAGGCCAUAUUUCUACCCAGUGUCUUUUUCCCAGAUGUUGCCUGUGCCCAAUGGGCAGCUUUUAGGAGGGGUUCUGGGUACAACCAUUAAAAGCCAGGUAUCUGUGGGGAACCUGCUACUCCCUGGGCCUUGGUUUCCCAAAUGCACUGUGCAUCUGCCCCUCUGAGGGUGUCUUGUUCACCACUUUCUCUCUGGCAUCCAGCAUGGUACCUGGUGCAUAGUAAGCGUGCGAUAAAUAUUUGGCCAGCAAGUGGACGUAUGGACGGAUGGAUGGUGCAUGGAUGGGUGGAUGGACAGGUGACCGGAUGCACGUGGUAGACUCUUCUGGAGCAGCACUGCCCCCAGAAGAUGCCGUUCUCUGGCAGAAAAGCCUGUGGCUGAAGCUCGUCAUCCCCUCAGUUCAGUGUUUCUCAGUCCUUUUCAUGACACGGCAUACAGAGGAAAUAUUUUUCUAGCACAAGGACAGCCUGGAAGGGAUUUAGAACUCCUGCCAGGCUGCUGUUGGCCAGAGGACUCCGGCCCGUAGGGCUGUGUCCUCACCCAGGUUUUGCAUAGCCACUGGGAAGACUGAGGGGACCCUGUCUCCAGGUAGCCUGGCUGCGGCACACCCAUCGGCAGUGCUGCCUUGGACUAGGCAGGGCUCCAGCCAGCACUCACCCGUGGCAACAGGGAUGAGCUUUUUCCCCAACUGCAGCUGAUGUGUGCUCCCAACUAAUGCCUUCUCUAACAUAAUGUGGGGACCAGGGUGAGGACUUCAAGCCAGAAAGGGCUGAGGGAGUAAGAGGGCCAGCCUUAGGGAACAUGUACAUUAUUAAAGGUUUUCAAAGAC